UCCGCCGCAGUCGGUGCCGCCGCGGCCGCCUCAGUCAGUCAGUCAGUCCCCAGCAAUGGCGGAAGGAGGGGAGCGAGAGGAGCUGCUCUCGCCGCCGCCAGUCUCUCCGGCCAAGCGCCUGUGCUCCUGGCCCAGCCCGCGGGCUCACCACCCUCGCGGUUCGCCCGGGGCGGCCGGUGGCGGGGCGGGGGGCGGCGGCGGCGGCUGCCUGCCCCCCGGGGCCCGCCCCCACCUGCAGCCCGAGUCCUUGCUGGACUGCGCCGCCAAGACGGUGGCGGAAAAGUGGGCGUACGAGCGGGUGGAGGAGCGCUUCGAGCGGAUCCCGGAGCCCGUGCAGCGCCGCAUCGUCUACUGGUCCUUCCCGCGGAAUGAGCGGGAGAUCUGCAUGUACUCCAGCUUCCAGUACCGCGGCGGCCCCGGCGCCGGCGCGGCUGGCUGCGCCGCGGGGGCUUCGCCGGCUGAGGAGGGGCCGCCGCCACCCCCCGGGGCCGCCGCUCCGGCCGGCUCCGCCCCCGGGGCUGCCGCGGCCGGAACGUCCCCCGGACUGGGCGCUGGGGCCGGAGCGGCCGGCGAGGGGCUGCCGUUCCGCCGGGGCAUCCGUCUGCUGGACAGCGGCUCCGUGGAGAACGUGCUGCAAGUCGGCUUCCAUCUCAGUGGCACAGUGACUGAGCCAGCCACUACUUCUGAACCAGCAAUGACUUACAAAGUUGCAAUCAGUUUUGAUCGAUGCAAAAUCACUUCAGUGACAUGUGGCUGUGGCAACAAGGACAUAUUCUACUGUGCUCAUGUGGUAGCACUCUCACUCUACAGGAUCCGUAAACCAGACCAAGUCAAAUUGCGUCUUCCUAUCUCAGAAACCCUUUUCCAGAUGAAUAGGGACCAGCUACAAAAGUUUAUUCAAUAUUUAAUCACAGCACACCACACUGAAGUUCUUCCUACUGCACAGAAACUGGCAGAUGAGAUUCUAUCCUCCAACUCAGAAAUCAACCAAGUGAAUGGUGCUCCUGACCCCACAGCUGGAGCCAGCAUUGAUGAUGAGAACUGUUGGCAUUUGGAUGAAGAACAGGUGAAAGAACAAGUGAAGCUCUUCCUCUCCCAGGGUUGUUACUAUGGCUCUGGGAAGCAGCUCAAUUCAAUGUUUGCCAAGGUUCGAGAAAUGCUGCGGAUGAGAGAUUCCAAUGGAGCCAGGAUGCUGACACUAAUAACUGAGCAGUUUAUGGCUGACCCACGACUCACACUCUGGAGGCAGCAAGGAACAAGCAUGACAGAUAAAUGCAGGCAGCUCUGGGAUGAGCUAGGGGCCUUGUGGGUGUGCAUCAUUUUAAAUCCACAUUGCAAACUGGAGGAAAAAUCCUCUUGGCUGCAGCAACUACAGAAGUGGAGCGACUUGGAUGUCUGUCCCCUGGAAGAUGGGAACUAUGGGCAUGAGCUGCCCAAUAUCACCAACGCACUUCCCCAGAAUGCCAGUCACAACCCAGAUUCCUUAUCCAGACCAAGACGAACAGUGUUUACUAGAGCCAUCGAGGGCCGUGAAUUGCAUUGGCAAGACAGCCAUCUACAGCGAAUAAUUAGCAGCGAUAUAUAUAUAGCUCCUGCCUGUCAGCGGGAAAGUGAGAGACUGCUCUUUAAUUCCCAAGGCCAGCCACUGUGGCUUGAACAUGUGCCUACAGCCUGUGCUCGGGUAGAUGCCCUGCAUUCCCAUGGUUAUCCAAAAGAGGCCCUCAGACUCACGGUGGCCAUUAUCAAUACUUUGAGGUUGCAGCAGCAACGGCAGCUGGAAAUCUACAAGCAUCAGAAGAAAGAACUGUUGCAGAGAGGAACCACAGCCAUCACAAACCUGGAAGGCUGGGUGGGCCACCCCCUGGAUCCCAUUGGCUGCCUAUUUCUUACUUUAACUGAGGCCUGCCGCCUGAAUGAUGAUAGCUAUCUGGAAGUGUCAGAUAUGAAUGAAAGCAGACCCCCUGUGUACCAGCAUGUACCCAUGGCAACAGGAUGCCCAUACAGCAGUGAGUCUUAUCUGUCAUUGGCCUUGGAAGUUGCUCUAAUGGGGCUGGGUCAACAGAGGGUGAUGCCUGAAGGCCUCUACGCACAGGACAAGGUGUGCCGCAAUGAGGAGCAGCUCCUGAGUCGACUCCAGGAGCUUCAGCUGGAUGAUGGACUGGUGCAAACCCUACAGAAACAGUGCCUCUUACUGCUAGAAGGAGGCCCCUUCAGUGGUCUGGGAGAAGUCAUUCACCGAGAGAGUGUUCCCAUGCAUACCUUUGCCAAGUAUUUGUUCUCAGCUCUCCUGCCUCAUGAUCCAGACCUGUCCUAUAAAUUAGCCUUACGUGCCAUGAGGUUACCUGUUCUAGAAAACUCAACUUCUACCGGGGACACUUCCCACCCUCAGCAUAUGGUGUCGAUGGUGCCCAGCCGUUAUCCUCGUUGGUUCACACUUGGACACUUGGAAUCACAGCAGUGUGAACUGGCCUCCACCAUGCUGACUGCUGCCAAAGGAGACACUCUGAGGCUCCGAACAAUCCUGGAAGCAAUACAGAAGCACAUCCAUUCUUCUUCCCUCAUCUUCAAACUGGCCCAAGAUGCAUUCAAGAUUGCUACUCCCACAGACAGUAGUACUGACAGCACCCUACUCAACGUGGCCCUGGAGCUGGGCUUACAGGUGAUGAGAAUGACCUUAUCAACCCUUAACUGGAGGCGCCGGGAGAUGGUGCGGUGGUUGGUGACCUGUGCUACAGAAGUGGGUGUGCGGGCCCUGGUGAGCAUCUUGCAGAGCUGGUACACACUCUUCACCCCCACCGAGGCUACUAGCAUUGUGGCUGCCACAGCCGUAUCCCACACCACUAUCCUGCGCCUCAGUCUUGACUAUCCACAGCGGGAGGAGCUGGCUAGCUGUGCUCGCACACUGGCCCUGCAGUGUGCUAUGAAGGAUCCACAGAGCUGUGCCCUUUCAGCCCUUACACUCUGUGAGAAAGACCACAUCGCCUUUGAGGCAGCCUACCAGAUCGCCAUUGAUGCUGCCGCUGGUGGCAUGACCCAUUCACAGCUGUUCACCAUCGCCCGCUACAUGGAGCUCCGUGGCUACCCGCUACGUGCCUUCAAGCUGGCCUCACUGGCCAUGAGCCAUCUCAACUUAGCCUACAACCAGGACACCCAUCCGGCCAUCAAUGAUGUGCUCUGGGCAUGUGCCCUCAGCCACUCUCUGGGCAAGAAUGAGCUGGCGGCCCUCAUUCCCCUGGUGGUGAAGAGCGUGCACUGUGCCACGGUGCUCUCAGACAUCCUACGGCGCUGCACGGUGACUGCACCUGGCCUGGCUGGCAUCCCAGGUCGCCGCAGCUCUGGAAAGCUCAUGUCCACUGACAAAGCUCCACUGCGCCAGCUGCUGGAUGCCACCAUCAAUGCCUAUAUCAACACCACACACUCACGCCUGACACACAUCAGCCCUCGUCACUAUGGAGAGUUUAUUGAGUUUCUGAGCAAGGCUCGGGAGACCUUCCUGCUGCCGCAGGAUGGCCACCUGCAGUUUGCCCAAUUCAUCGACAACCUCAAGCAAAUCUACAAAGGCAAGAAGAAGCUGAUGCUGCUGGUGCGAGAGCGCUUUGGCUGAGAAAGCAGACAGCCCACUGCUGGGGCAGCCUGGGCUCCCAGGUUCCAUCAGGUCAGGCCAAGGACACUGAAACAUUUGUCCACCCUGAGAGGACCCUAAGCCCCCGUGGCUGAACCAAAGGACCUCAGGGCUA